AUGGUCUCACAAGACUCACCACCAAACUCCAGCAACAUCAUGCACCAAUUCAUCAUCCCAAACUCCAUACCCGACCAAACCCACUUCCCACACGACCCGUUCGACCCGUACCCGGCCGCGCCCCACCCGAUUCCCAACACUGCCCUUUACCCCCACCACGCGCCGCCGGACAUGAUCCACGAGAGGCGCCUGAUGGACCUUCUCGGCACGCCAAAUCCGGCCCAAAGGCUCUCCCUCUCGUUGGGCUCCGGCCCAUGCAGCCAGAUCAGGCCAUUCGACCCGGCCCAUUUGUACAUUAAUCCCGGACCGGACCGCAUAACGAUGGCCGCCGAUUAUUCUUUCCCGGGAAAUAACAAUGCGUUUGCCACCACAUUAACUUCUUUCAGCAAUUAUCAUCACCAUCCGUGCUCGGCAUCAUCCAACGGCCAGGAAUCGUUCGCCGGGAGCUCGAGGUAUUUGAAGUCGGCCCAGUCGCUCCUUAUGGAGAUGGUGAGUGUUGCCGGGAAAGAUAUCGAGGAUAGCAAUCGGAGGUACGUGGAUAAGCUGUCCCGGGCCGGACGGAAAGGGUUUUACGGGCUCCGGCCCGACUUCAAACCCGAGUUUUCGGACAGCGAGCUCUGUAUUUGCUUAGUCAAGCUGAUUGCGCUGCUGGAGGAGGUGGAGAGAAGAUAUGAGGAGUAUUAUCAUCACAUGGAGGAUCUGGUGACGUCAUUCGAGAUGGUAGCGGGUUUAGGGUCGGGCAGCUCUUACACGGCGCUGGCCCUACAGGCCAUGUCCAAGCACUUUUGGACCCUCAAGAGCGCCAUCGUGGCCCAAAUUCGGGUUGCGAGAUUGAAGAUAGAGAAGGAUGGGCCCAAAAUCAGCUCCAGGUUGUCUGGGCUGAGCCUGUUGGACCAAGAGGGCCGCCAGAAUCGGGUCACACUCCAGCAGAUUGGGCUUCUGCAUAGCUCGCGGCAGGCCUGGAAGCCCAUAAGGGGACUCCCCGACACCUCGGUCACCAUUCUUCGGGCUUGGCUUUUCGAGCAUUUUCUUCAUCCUUAUCCUAACGACUCUGAAAAGCUCAUGCUAUCAACACAGACUGGCUUAUCAAAGAAUCAGGUUUCAAAUUGGUUUAUUAAUGCUCGAGUUCGACUGUGGAAGCCGAUGAUCGAGGAGAUGUACAAAGAGGAAUUUGCAGAGUCGUCGACCGAGUCGGACCAGCUGCCGACGAGCACGGAGGGAGUCGGGGAUUCUGCUGAGGACUUCAUUUGA